AUGUCUGAAAACAACAGAGGUUCAUCCGUCUUUGGUGAAGAGGACAAUAGCCCCUUCCCACACCAACUGGGGCUCGCCAGUCUUAUCCAGUCCCAGGGGCCCGAUAAGAAAGAUUCCAAAAAGAACGGCAAGAAACCACUGAACUCGAGCUCUAAGGAUUCUGAUAACCCUACUGACGAAGCUGUCGAUGAUGAUUUGGAUGACGAGUCCAUGUUGCUUUACAGAAGUGACAGAGAACAGUUUAAUACUGUGCAUAUUGACUACGAGAGCAGGGUUACUAAGCUCCUCAGUCCAGAGAGUAACGCUAAGAUCUUGAUUAGCGAAGCAGGUAAAUCUAACGAAGGAAUGGCCAAUUCCCUGAAGAAGUAUGUUGUCUACACCAUCAAACUUGUCAGUCAGGAUAACCCCAAGGAAGAAAUCCAAACCCGAAGACGGUACUCCGACUUUGAGAGCUUGCGUGACAUUCUUACACGCGUAUACCCGCUAUUAUUGAUCCCCCCAAUUCCUCCGAAGAACUACUUCUCGUUAAAUGUAUUCAAUGGCCUCGUUGGCAAUGGCAACGGUGGCGCUAACAACAAUAACCACCAGGCUGUGGGGCCUUCCGACCCACCUAACGACUCAAGCAAUACGACAUCUUACACUUACAUCAACUCCAAGCAUUUGAACAAGAAUAAACUCGUCGAACAUCGCAAGCGUCUCCUUUCGAACUUUUUGAAUAACUGCUUGUCUAUUCCACAGGUUAGAAACCUAGAGUUUUUUGCUAAGUUUCUUGAUCCUUCGGCGAAUUGGACGGACGAAAUAGAAUUGAUCUCAAGUCAACUACCGAAGUCUAUUUACCAGCUGAAUCCUGAGAAUGGUUUGAAAACUGACGAGAUCUAUUCCAAUUUACCUUUGCCAUCUACGCAGCCUGGAUUGAGUUUCCAAUUCCUCAAGCCCUUGAAGAAUAACAGGAAGUUUUUAACAAGUACUACCAGCCGAUUUCUCGGUACUAAUCAAGAGGCGAACCAGGAUGCCCAGUCUAACGGUGCCGCCGAACAGGAAUCGCAAGCUGAAUCCGCUGACGCCCGUUCGAUAAGAUUCAAAACCUCGAGUUUGGACAAUAUCAACAAGAAGAUAAUGGAGAACUUUAUCGGCAUGUCGAACGAUUAUGUUGAACUUGGCAGUGCGCUCAAUUCCUUUUCGUUGACGCUAGCAGAUUCCCUGAAAGCACGAGACGGAAAGAAUUCCGAAGAGGAUGAUGUGAAACUCGACUUGGUCGUUGACAAAAUCGGUGUGGCAUUUGAUAGGUCCUACAUUGCCAUCAAUGCGCUCGUAAGUGAACUGGAGACUAAGUUUUCUGAACCAUUAGGUGAGGCGGUGCAAUACGACAAUAUCCUAGGUUCAGUCAAGAAGUACCAAUCACGCAAACUGAAGCAGAAGGAGCUUAUAGACCAAGAAGUCCAAGAGAAGAAGAAAGAGCUUUCGCACCUUUCAAGGGCAAAUCCAGCAAAUGGGGAGAACGGCAACAAUAUUCCGAAACCCGUGAGUUCAAAUGACGCUGCACAAGCCUCGAACGCAAGUGGCGCUUCUCCCCGGAAUGAGAGACUGGGAUACUUCCCGAGUAUGGGAUCACUCAAGAAGAUAACCAAAUACGUCACCGACAUAAUUGAUCAGAAUCCCGAAGAGACCAAAAGAAACAGAAUCGACUAUUUACAAAAGAAGAUUGCGACGCUUGAAAAGUGCCAGACGAUCAUGCUUCAAGACAUAUCGUUCAUAACUGAUGAAACUCAAGACGAUCUUCCAGAUAUUGCUCAGCUACAAUAG